UGUACAUCCAAGUGCUGGGACACGCCUACUUUACUCAGACUUGAGGGUGGUGUGCUAGGGUGGAGUCCCAGGCUGGCUCCCACAGGGCAUCGUUUUGGAUGGGCGGGGCCUACCGGCAGGCAAGAACAAAUCACGUGACCUCCGGGGCCCGCUGCCACAGGGGCGGGUGGUGAGGCUACCUCCAGCUGCCAGUCUGGAAACCAUCAAAGGUUACCCUGUACCCUUAGUUACUGUCUGCUGGUGGGGCUGAGACUCGCGGUUCCCCGCGGCGGGUGCGCGCACAGAUGGACCGUAUGGGAUUCCACUGGCUGCAUCUAGUCUCUGAGCUCCCCUAGGUCUGCAGGGUGUACACCACAGCCAUGGCUAAGCCGCUGGCUUUAGCCUUCGAUGUUCCAGAGACCACAGGAGGGGACGAAGACCUGGAGCCCAGCCCCUAUGAAGAGAGUGAAGUCCACGACUCCUUCCACCAGCUCAUUCAAGAGCAGAGUCUUCGGGUGGCCGAGGAGGGGCUGGAGUUACUGUCCCUGGGUCCAGGCAGAGGUGACCAGACCCUCUCUAGACCUGAAGGCGCCCCUGUCUUUAGCACGGCCACUCUCCGCAUCUUGGCCAGCAUGCCCAGUCGUACCAUUGGUCGCAGCCGGGGGGCCAUCAUUUCCCAGUACUACAACCGCACGGUGAGGCUUCGGCGCAGGAGCAGCCGUCCGUUGCUGGGGAAUGUGGUGCGCUCUGCCCGGCCCAGCCUUCGCCUGUAUGACCUGGAGCUGGACCCCACGAUCCUGGAGGAGGAUGAGAAGCGGAGUCUGUUAGUGAAGGAGCUUCAGGGUCUGUCGGUGGCGCAGAGGGACCACAUGGUCCGAACAUGCAUUUGUGGUCUAGGUAUUGUCUCUGUCCUCAGAGAGAAAAGUUGGAGCCCAAAGGUAAAGCGGAGGGACCAGCAGGGCCGCCGCCGCGGGGCCUUCUCCUGCUGUAGUCGGCUCAGAUACACCUGCAUGCUGGCCCUUCACAGCCUGGGGCUGGCACUGCUCUCAGGCCUGUAUGCUGCCAGGCCAUGGCGCUACGCUCUGAAGCAGAUCGGUGGCCAGUUUGGCUCCAGCGUCCUCUCCUACUUCCUCUUCCUGAAGACCUUGUUGGCCUUCAACACGCUGAUGUUGCUGCCUUUGCUGGCCUUCCUCGUGGGUGUGCAAGCUGCCUUUCCUCCUGACCCAGCCGGCCCCGUGCCUACCUUCUCUGGUCUGGAACUCCUCACAGGCGGGGGCCGGUUCACACACACCGUUAUGUACUACGGCUACUACAGUAACACCACGCUGAGACAGUCAUGUGCCUCCCCUCGGGAAGGUGGCCUGUGCAGUCCCAGGCUGGGCAGCCUGCCCUAUAACAUGCCGCUGGCCUACCUCUUCACAGUGGGGGCUGCCUUCUUCAUUACCUGCAUCGUUCUGGUAUACAGCAUGUCUCACUCCUUUGGGGAGAGCUACCGGGUUGGCAGUACCAAGGGGAUCCAUGCUCUUACCGUCUUCUGCUCCUGGGACUACAAGGUGACACAGAAGAGGGCUUCCCGUGUCCAGCAGGACAGCAUCCGCACUCAGCUGAAGGAGCUGCUGGCCGAAUGGCAACUGCGAAAGCGCCCUCGGAGUGUGUGUGGGCAACUGAGGCAGGCUGUUGUCCUAGGUCUGGGGUGGCUGCUGUGUCUGGGUUCCACCGUGGGCUGCACAGUGGCUGUCCUUACCUUCUCAGAAACAAUGAUUCAGAGACCUGCUUCUGGUGGCCAGGGGUUGGAGAUGUUGGCCCUGCCAAUGGUCGUCAGUGUCCUUAACCUGGUUGCCUCCUACCUGUUCCGUGGUCUGGCCACUCUGGAGCGACAUGACUCCCCCGUGUUGGAGGUAUACAUGGCCAUCUGCAGGAACCUAAUCCUGAAGAUGGCUGUCCUGGGAGUGCUCUGCUAUCAUUGGCUGGGCCGCAGGGUGGCCGCCCUGCAGGACCAGUGCUGGGAGGACUUCGUGGGCCAGGAACUGUACCGCUUCAUGGUGGUGGAUUUCAUCUUCGUGCUCUUGGACUCCCUUUUCGGCGAGUUAGUGUGGAGGCUCAUCUCAGAGAAGAAGCUCAAGACGGGGCAGAAGCCCGAGUUUGACAUUGCCAGGAAUGUUCUGGACCUGAUUUAUGGACAGACACUGACCUGGCUGGGCGUCCUGUUCUCACCGCUCCUGCCUGCAGUGCAGAUUCUCAGGCUGCUCCUGCUUUUCUACAUCAAGAAGGCAAGCCUGAUAGCCAACUGCCAGGCACCUGGACGACCCUGGCUGGCUUCACACAUGACCACCGUCUUCCUCACCCUGCUCUGCUUCCCGUCCUUCCUGGGUGCAGCCGUUUUCCUCUGCUACGCUGUCUGGCAGGUGAGGCCCUCAAGCACUUGUGGCCCCUUCCGGACUCUGAACACAAUGUAUGAGGCUGGCACGGUCUGGGUGCGUCGCCUGGAGCACGCAGGUUCUGGGGCCUCCUGGCUCCCCUGGCUGCAUCACUUCCUUGUGGAGAAUACUUUCUUCCUUUUCCUGGUGUCAGCCCUGCUGCUGGCUGUCAUCUACCUCAACAUCCAGGUGGUGAAAGGACAAAGGAAGGUCAUCUGCCUGCUCAAGGAACAGAUCCGGAAUGAGGGGGAGGACAAGAUCUUCCUGAUCAACAAGCUUCACUCUGUUUACGAGGAGGAGGGAAUGAGCAGGCCUGGCAGAACCCAGGAAGCUACCAUACCACCUGCAGCUCCUGAGGAUUGAGGGCCUCUCCUCUGCCCUCCCACCUUGGCCAGGCGCUCUGCCUUCUGCCUUCACUGCUGUGCCAAUCUUGUCAGCACAGUGCGGUGA